GGUGCGUCGCUGAAAAUGACUCGAGUGUGAGUGGAGACGGAGGCUGGCACUGGGGUUGAGAGGGUUGGUGAAAGGUGGAGGGAGUGAGCGGAGGAGGUGCUGGCUUCACACGGAGAAUAUGUCGUGGGGAGUGCGGCCGGCCUUUGGCCUGAUUCCUCGUGCAGUAUGGAAUGCUUCUGUUCGGGAUAGUCACUGGCAGAUAUCCCUCUUGGGACUCAGAGCAUCCUUACCAAUGAGAGCUGAACCCAAGAAAAAGAAGAAAAUAGAUCCCAAAAGAGAACAGGCAGCGAGAGACCGCCUGCGAAAAAGACUAAAGAAGUUGGAACGUGUUCCCCCGGAGCUGAUCCCAAUUGAAGAUUUUAACACUCCAACGAAGUUACUUGAUGAAUCAAGAGUCCGCGAUCCUCCUAAGUUGAAAAUGGAAGAGAGUGAGAGGCGAGCACUUCUGAUGAAAGAGUGGUCACGUUAUAAGCAAAAAGAACACGAUAGAGAAGCUGAAAUGAUCCAGUCCAUGAUUAAGGCACAGCAACAGGCCCUGCAGGAACUGCGGCUUGAAUCAGAACAGUUGUACCAGGCUGCCAUUAAACAGGACCAAGGACUCUUUCCAUUGGAGUUGCAAGGAUGCACGUUUACUCCUCCCAUUGCUGACUACCAAGCACCUGAUGGAAAAUACAGAGAUAUCACUAAAGUCUACACACAAUGACAUGUAUUAAAUACUUGCUUGUGGUUUGGCAUUUCAAACUGAUUUUUUUCUAAAUAAAGGGAAUAUUGACAUGUAAAUGUCAAACAACA